AUGUAUCACCCGUUCAGAGGGCGGUGGGUGCGAGAGGUUGGUGAUUGGGGAACUGCCCUGACAUUCGCAGAGGCAUGUCACCGCUUGAAUAAAUUAUGUGUCCCUUCGUCGCCAACCAAACGACGCGGUCCAAAGAGCCACGGCGCAUCGCGCCCAAACCCCACGUCGGCGCGACUUGAGAAGAAGCUGGAUGACCUCAUGUCUCUAAUGAGACUCCAACAGGCUCCGAUUAAUCUUCCAAGCGUCUCUCCUCGGCUUCAAGAGGCCGGCCAUGACGAUGACGAUGGCAACGAAACUUCGCCGACCUUGACGAACAAUACGCCUACAGCUUUCCAGCCUGAUACGUACGCCGAUGAACCCUCCCUCGAAGAAGCAGAAGCUGCUUUCCGACGAUUCCGUGACGAGAUGGUUCCCUUAUGUCCUUACGUCUGCAUUCCGAAUGAAUGGGACGCAACAACGCUCCGACAACAAUACCCAUUUCUCUGGUUGAGUAUCAUGAGCGUAGCCUCACUCUCUACAAAAACACGAUAUUCUCUUGGUCGCCAAGUAAAAAAUAUUGUAGUUCAAAAGAUCGUGGCUGACGGCACGAGGAGUGUCGACAUGUUGCUUGGAGUUCUGACAUUUCUUUGCUGGAUACACCUACUUCCCAUGGACAAGCUGUUUGGCUCUAUGGCUUCGCAAAUCGCAGUGUCCUUGAUCCAGGAUCUGGGUUUAAACAUGACACCACCGGAAUACCCGUCCAAGGUUGGGCAACUCUUGAACGGUAAAGGGUUUGGACUUUUGCCGCAAAUCCGGAAAGAAAGAACUAUGGAAGAUCGAAGAGCCCUUAUAGGAGCUUAUAUAAUUACCUCAAUGACAUGCCACGCUUUUAGAUCUGCUGAUGGCCUUUCCUGGUCAACUUAUCUCGACGAAUGCUUAAACUACGUUUCUCAAAAUAGCACUGCACCACACGAUCACAUUCUUAUCACACAAGCGAAGAUGCAACUAAUGAUCAACCGCCUUCGCUCGGCGUACCGUGGAAGUAGUAGUGUCCAAGUACCUACUAUCUAUUCCGAUGCUCUCCGUGCAGAACUCGAAAGCCUUCUAACUCUUACCGAUGGGGUCAGCAAUAUCUUUGACAAUAACUCCAUGAUGAGGCUCUACCAUUUCAGUAUGCUGCUGGUGCACGAAUCUCUUCUUAAUAAAUCUCCAUUGUCACACGACAAAGACACGCGUAUAUUUGAGGACUAUCAGCGCGUCGUCAACUCCCUACGAUCCUGGCUUGACCUGUACUUUUCGAUACCGAUGGACCACCUACGAUUUCUGCCCUCUAGUAACUACAGUCAACUAUACUACGUCACAGUGUUCAUCUAUCGAAUCACCGCUUUGAAAGUACCUACCUGGAAUUCACUCUUGAAAGAAGUAGGCGCGGAACUGGUGCCAGUCUUAGAUAGAGUGAUACAGAGAUUUGAGCAGGCGGCGUUAUCCAUGCCAGAUUCCGAGACAGAUCAGGCUUUCCUGCUCGGCAUCCAUAAGUUUAGUGCGUUGAAAGCGGUCUUUAAAAGUGAAUUUGGCUCCGGCAUAGAUGGGGAAAGCGGCAUGUCUCUCUUGCCGCAAGAUAUCUUGAUGGGCAUGUCCGACGCGGACUUUUCGCCCUUCCUCAUGGACCCGGCAAUGUUUUCAACGAUGCAGGGCAUCUUCGAUGAUAUCCCGUGGCAAUGA